GGCCGAACUCCCGUUAUAAUGAACACCACUUGUUGUCUGCGCGGGCAGUGCGCCGACCGCACGCCCUUCUACUAACGCGAAUGUAUUAUUUUCACAUUCGGACAUAAUUUUGCAUAUAAGUGUGCCGCAGUAUUCAAAUAUUUUUAUUUUUAGUGAUAAUAUAUCUGUUAUUUACAAAAUGUGUCUUAAAAGUUUAAUCUAUUUUUAUUUGGCGACAAUAGCUGUCUGCGUGGUGGGAGACUGUGGACCGAAAUUAAAAUAUGCAUGGGGAGACGCACUCCAAGGAACAGAUUGUCCAGGUCCUGAUGGCACCCCCUAUCCCAGACAUCUUGUGAAUCGGGCGUUGAAAUCGACAUGGGGUCAGAGUCGGCAAGGCAGAAUGGCGCGGGUCCUCGACCCUUCGGUAAUGCGACGGGCGCUUCUUGACGCACACGCCGGCUACACUGAAGGUGUCACUAAGGCUUCGAGCGGGAAUAGAAGCGCAAGAGCGACAAAUCUACCCGGCCUUACUCCGGGCAACACCAACACAUGCGGAGGUUCACGUCUCUGUCGAACCCGGUACAACACGACUGCACCAAUGUAUGGUGUCUCGCUUACAUCAGGACAGCCGGUGACGAUCGUUCAGAAAUUCCCAGAUCUUUUACAACAAGUCGUUUUUGAAGUUUGCGAAUCAAGUGAAUGCUCCGUAGUUCGCGGAUCGUGUACACAAACUUAUGUACCGUAUUUAUUCCUGGUCCUACCCCUAGGACCAGUCACGUUAACAGGGCAAGAUUAUGUACUAGUUGAGUCGGGAUGCGUUUGCAGACCAGAUCCUAUGCAGUAGGAUGUCUCCUCGGCUUAAGACUGUAUAGUGAAUAUAGUGCUCAAAAUACUAUUUAAUUUAUUAGAAAAUACUUAAAUGUGAUUCCAAUUUAGCUUAAAGACAGAAUAUAU